CCUGAGGAAGAUGGUGCCCUAAAAUGACCAAAACAUCUGCAGUCCCGCCAUCACCUGGACUUUGUAGUACUAUAAAUACCGAAACCCUAACCAGUAUUCCCUACAUUUGUUUUAAUCUUUCGUUUCCGGCGAAAAUCUCCGAGUUUCCGACCUUCCAAACAGCUUCUAUUCAAUCGGAGGCAAAUUUAGGGUUUGUCCCUAAAUCAAAACUGAUAAUGGCUGUGUUAGACUGGAAGCACCAUGCGCUCAUCCAAGCGCUGUUGACCCGCGGACCUAUGACGGAGAAGGAGUUCCAUUCCGUCUUCUCUGGCAUCACCGGCCUAAACCCAGAUGAUCAUCCAGAACUAUUUAAGGAGUAUCUUCUAAUGAUAAACAAGGAACUUUCCUUUAUACAGUUUGACUUACGGGCUUGUAGAGACCAAUACAAUGGCCAAGUGUAUUACGGGGUGGCUAACAAUGUUUUGGAUGAACAAUCUAAGCUUGGAACAAAAUAUUCGGCUCCACAGAUUGCUUUCUUUAAAGGCAUUGUUGAAGCGAUAGCAGAGGAUCUUACAGGUGAAGGUUGCAUAUCUAACAUAGAUGCUCUCAUCGUACAAGUGGAGAACCAGGUUCUGAGUGGGGCUGGAUCACAAUCUCAGGAUGCUUCGUCUCAAGUUCCUGCUGCUUUCAGGAAUUUCACGUUGUCUCAGAAGGAAAAAACUCUUCAUGAACUUGUACAGGAUAAGUGGCUUUGUCAUACAGAAGAUGGGAAAAUUGGAGUUGGUGUCAGGUCCAUUCUUGAUCUGCGUAGUUGGUUCCGCAAUGCCAAUGUUCCGUCAUGUGAAGUCUGCAAUGAAACUGGUUUGAAGGCCAAAUUGUGCCCCAGUGACAGUUGUACAGUUCGAAUUCAUUUGUACUGUCUCAUGGCAAAAGUUUCCCGGAAGGGUGAAGUAGAAUGCCCAAGUUGUGGCACUAAGUGGCCCUAUCAAGUAGCCAAGAGAGAAGCCAUGGAGCAAGAGCAUGAGACAGUAGCUUCCAGUCAGAGCCAGCCAUCUCAGGGAUCCAAGAAAAAGAAACAGAGAAGUAGCCAAAAUGAUGGUGCAGAUACUGUUGGAUAUGGUUCCCAGGCUUCUAUAGCUGAGUCCAGUACAAGAAGAAUAACUCGAAGUUCUAGACGUCUGAGGUAAAUGAUUUUAUGCUCAGGGGGAAAAAAUUGUAAAAUUUGUAUAUGUUGCUACAGAAGCUAAUGAAAUGCUGCAUUCUGUCCCUUUAGGAUAUUUAAACUGUAAACCCAAAACCCUUUUGAAGUUUUUUGAUUUAUAUAUUUCCAGAUUAGAAUAAGCAUAAUUGCUUGCU